AUGUUUAAAAGUAAGUCAACACCUACGCCUGCAACGCUAUCAUUUACAGAUAUUUUAUCAGACUUAACAAGAUUGCAAACAUAUCAUCAAACACAUCCUGGAGAAAAAAUUGAUGUAUUAGAAAUAAUUAAAACUGAUCCAAUAGUUGAUUCUAUUGGACCGACACAAAUAGAUCCAAAGACAAAAACGUUAUUACCAACAUUUCUUGAUAAUUUAAAUAAUACUAGUGAUGCACCAUUAGAAGCCAUUUCAAGUACUUAUGAUAUCAUUACUAAUUUUAUUAGGGUGAAUGAACAAUUGAUUAAAACUCGAAAAAGUUUAGAUGGAUUGGGAAGUGAAAUAGAAGUAUUAAGAAAAGAAUUAAGUGGAACUAUUGAUACUUUAAAUAAUAGUAAUUUUGUUAAUGAGGAAGAGAAGGAAGUGGAAAAUGUCGGUAUAGAUGAAAAGUUAUGA